AUGUUCGAGGAGAAACUCAUUGUCGGUGUGGCUUCGGCCUUUUCCAUUCUGGCCAUCACAGCCUGCUUGGUUGUAGUGCCAUCCCUCUACAACACCAUCAAUGAGAUCCACGAUGAGGUCCUCGAAACAGUCGCAGUGUUCCGCGUGGAGACCGACUCUGCUUGGACUCAAAUGAUGGACUACCAAGUUGCUGUCUCUCCGCCAUCCAAGCCUAGGGAAAAUCCAUUUGGUUCCAUCUUCCGUGACAAGAGGCAAGCAGGUCUUCCCUCUUAUUGCCAGUGCACAACGCCAACUGUCAACUGCCCACCGGGACCUCCAGGACCUCCUGGACGACCUGGAGCCCCUGGACAACCUGGAGCACCCGGAAGGCCUGGAAACGACGCCACAACCACAUACGCUCCCAUCAACUGCCCCGGUCCCAGCAGAGAUUGCAUUCAGUGUCCAGCAGGACCUCCAGGACCACCUGGACCAAGUGGAGCUCCUGGAAACAGAGGACCAAACGGAAAUCCAGGAAGACCUGGAGGUCCAGGAAAUGAUGGUCGUCCAGGUCCCCCAGGACCUCCUGGGGACAAGGGAGCACCUGGAAACCCGGGAUCCGCUGGAAGACCUGGAGAGCCUGGAAGACCUGGCACAACUGGAAGAGGAACACCUGGCUUACCUGGACCUGCUGGACCUAUUGGAGCUCCCGGAAAUGCAGGAGGCCCAGGAAGAGCUGGUGCCCCUGGAAACGCUGGUAGGCCCGGUCCAGCUGGACAACCUGGAGGACGAGGACAGCCCGGAAACGAUGGAAGACCCGGAAACCGUGGAAACCCUGCAGGUCCAGGAGGCGAUGCCAAUUACUGCCCAUGUCCUCCUCGUUAUGCGAAGAGUCGUGUCUAA